UCAUCCUCUACUCAUUUCCUCGUCCACGCCCACAGCUUAUACAGCAGCCAAUCAGACAGCAGCACACGUGACGAGCGUUCUUAGCGAUGACCUCAUCCCUACAGUGGGAUGACGUCAAAUACAAGAUGGAUGGAAUCACGACUGUUUCAUGCUCAACGCAACUCUGAAACAAAGUCCAGUGUCGGAGCUCCGGGGCACCCAAAGCCACCGAACUAGACCAAAAUGGAGAGCCUUGGGCACUACUGUAACCCUUCCCAUGGUAUUUCACUGCUGGGUGCCCUCAACGAGCAGCGGUUGAAGGAACAGCUCUGUGAUGUUGUGUUGUUAGUGGGUGAUCAACAGUACCAGGCCCAUAAAAGUGUCCUUGCAGCAUGCAGUGAAUACUUCCAGUCUGUAUUCUCCAGAAGGGACUCAGAGAACCGCUCCUUUGUUCAGCUUGACUUCUGUGAGCCUGAUGCAUUUGAGAUUGUGCUAAACUACAUCUACUCAUCAUCUCUGUUUGUGGAGAAAUGCAGCCUGGCAGCUAUACAGGAGUUGGGAUAUAGCCUCGGCAUUCCCUUUCUAACCAACAUCAUGUCUAUAAGACCUCAGGCGUCAUACUCUGUGUCAAGAAAACGGAUGUCGCUCUCUGAGGAGGAGGAUGGCUCUUCUCAAAAGAAAAGUGUUAUUGUACAUCAAGGUCAAGGUGAGCAGCCUGGCAUGGAUGUGUUUCAGAGGAAAAGUUCGACUCUUCAGGGAAAACUGUUUAAACAGGCCACAGAGCCACCUUCGCUCACACAGGAUUUUAGCAAUCAGAGCAAAUUCUCAGGACACGUCAGACCAAAUGAAAAAGAGACAAACAGUACCCCUAACAGCAGAAAUUCAAACAAAAACACAGACGAUGGUGAUUGCAGAUCUAUCAUCUCCUCACCAACAUCCAUACUGAGACAUCGAACUGAAUACCGAUCGCCAUCUAUGAGGCCAAAACUAACAUCCUCCGUUUCUUUCAGUGAGUCUGUACAGCACACUAGCCUACAAUCAGAUCAAACUGAAGGUGCCAUUGAUGGAAGAAUGGAAGUGUCUCAUGAAUCCAGGCCAGUGGGUGAUCAUCAAGGUCCAUGCAACCAAACCGUAGACCGAAGUGGGCCACUUAUUAAAAGUCUGCUGCGCAGAUCAUUGUCAAUGGAUAGUCCCGUUCCUAUAUUUUCUCCAGCUCUGGAUCUUAAGGACUCACAAAGUCGAGAACAGUCUGUAGUCAAGUUAUUUACCACAACAGCAAGGUUGCCUUCCCCUGAACAUGAGGAUAGGGUGUCAAAAGAUAUGCCAUUUCUUCUCAGGUCAAGACAACGAAAUGCAUACGAGACGGACGGCACUCAAACAACUCAAAUCAGGAUAAAAGCGGAGCCCAGCAGUCCCCUUGCUGACCCUUCUGAAAUUGUUCACAUUACCGUUGGAGACAAUCUGCCGUUAAAUUUCAAAGUCUUUCAGGAAAACUAUGAUGAAGGUUCCAGAGGGUACUUCGCUUCCUCGAUGAAGAGGAAGACUAAGAUAGAUGGAAGUUAUAUGCCCUUUAAGAAAUCUAGGCCCGUUAAUGAGCAUCAUCUGUUGCAUCAGGAAAGCACAUUUGGUGAGGUACCUUGCAAUUCCAGCAUAGAUAAUAAUAAUGAGGAACCUGGAGAACUUCGGCCAAACAAAAUGUUUAAGUGCUGGAACUGCCUGAAGGUCUUCAGGUCUAAUGCUGGUCUGUAUCGCCAUGUGAACAUGUACCACAACCCAAAGAAGCCGUAUGCUUGUGACAUCUGCCACAAACGUUUUCACACAAACUUCAAAGUCUGGACUCAUUGCCAAACCCAACACGGCGUGGUGCAAAAUCCCGCAACAUCUACUAGUUCCUAUUCUGUCCUGGAUGAAAAGUUUCAGAGGAAGCUAAUUGAUAUUGUCAGAGAGCGGGAAAUAAAGAAGGCCUUGAUUAUGAAGCUCCGGAGAUCCAAGCAAGGCCUGCAGUCGCAACCCUUCGGCAGGAAAAACAGGCGAUCGAGGUCCUACGGAUGCCCCUACUGUGGUAAAAUGUUUUUCUUUCAAUCACACUUAAAACUGCAUAUGAAAGGACACUCCGCUGAGCCAGCUAACCUUGACAUGGAUGCCGAGAGAGACCUUCAAUACAAGCAGCAGCAGCAGUUGACACAUAUUAAAGAAAACCAAGAUAAGGAUGUCUUUUUUUGCCGGCUCUGCAAUGAGAAACUCCCCUCUUUGCCUGAAUUAGAAGACCAUGAGAGAGCAUGUAGGUAUGCUACCGUCUGCCCAUAUUGUGGACUUCGAUUCUCCAACACAGUUGUCAAGAAAGACCACGAAGCUCACUGCAAGUACAAAAAGCUGUCCUGUCUUGAGUGUAUGCGCACGUUUAAGUCUUCUUUCAGCAUAUGGCGUCAUCAGGUGGAAGUCCACAAGCAAAAUAUGAUGAGUGUGAAGGAGCAGUUGACUCUCGGUCUCCAGGAGAGCAAUCAUGACGAAUCAUCCAACGUUCUCAGAGUUCCACCUCCUUCUCAGAAGUUGAUACGUGACUCCAGAGAGGAAGCAGUGUACAGUGACUCAUCAGUUCCACCAAUGUAUGAUUCUGAAGACUCGUCGUCUUAUGCACCAGAGGACUUGAGCACUCACGGUCCAGGGGAGCUUCAAGUCAAAGAGGAACCUCAAGAGGAAGCAGUAUCAGCCAAGGAUGGCAUGAGCAAAGCUUCUGUUGGAUCUGAGGAACCAGGCGUUUGGCCUUGUGAGAAGUGUGGGAAGCUUUUCAGUGGCCACAAAGACCUGGAACGACAUCAGGAACUGCUUUGCCACAUCAAACCCUUCAUCUGCCACAUAUGUCACAAAGCAUUCAGGACCAACUUCCGCCUCUGGAGCCACUACCAGUCCCACAUGUCCACACCUGAGGAGCCAGGGAUGAGAGAGAUUGACAGGCUUCAGUCUUCUCCAUCUCCUUCGCCACCUCUCACAAUUUCCAUCCCAGAGCCUCCAGCUUCUCAAGAACCUCCACUCAAAGCAACCCAUUCUGGGGUGGAUGCCUCAGAAGAGGAACCCAGAGGCUCCAUGUCACUGUCAACCAAACUCAAGAAGCCACAGCAGGAAAAAAAAGGUGACGGUGAGCCUAGGGAACAAUCUAGGAAGUCCGACAGCACAGACGAAACUAUUACCCCUCAGGAAUCUGACACGCUAUUUUACCAUGCCCCAACUCUCUCUGCACUUACCUUUAAACGGCAGUACAUGUGCAAAUUCUGUCACCGGACAUUUAAGUCCGCUUUCAGUCUGUGGAGUCACGAGCAGAGCCAUACAUAAGAGUGCAGAGUUGCACAUUAGUAGCCCUAACCAUUAAAGUAGUCUCCUUUAAACUGUCAAAUGAUUUACUUUGGGAGACACUUGCAGACAAAACCCAGGGAUUUUUUAAUAGAAUUUGAUCAUACUUAAUAUACCUUAUUUCUAUAAACAGUAUUCAAAGACUGUCAAGAGUUUCCUGAAUGCAUCUUUGAUUGCAUGCCAAGAGUUGCUCAAAGCAUAAAUUAGUUUUCUAAAGCAUUUCCCUGUAUUACAUUUUAAGUUCACUUUUCAAUGAUCAUGAAAGGCCAUUAUAUUCUGUCACCUUAAGAACUCUUCUAAAUUAGUUUAUUUUAUUGCAAACAAAAAAUGAGUGAUUACUUUUUUGGAUUGUUACGCAGAAGACUUACGCUUCUCUUGUUUUAGUGGCCUUUAUGCUGUUAGCACUUUCAAAUAUUUACAAAUAAACAUCGUUCUCUAUUAAAAGCACAGGCCUAUGCAGACAGGGCAUUAAUAGACAUUAAUUCCCUCUUUUCUGGCCUAAAAUGAUUAAGUUAAGGAAACUGAAGAAAAAGGUGUUUAGGCAUUAAAUGCCCAAUUCAGCCCUGCUUAUGCUCUUAUAGCUUUUAAUCUUAAAUUGUUUCUUUAAUCAUUUAAAGAGAAUAAAGAUUUAUAUCUUAAUAUCAAACUAUAUAAUAAACUUUGUGAACAUUGAUAGAGGUGAGGAAAAUGUUAAUCAUUUAAUUUUGAUAUAGCUAGUUAAGUUGUAUUUAUAAUUUUAAGACCAUUCUGUUAGUGUUUUUGCCAGUUAUGUAAACUUACAUGGUAUUUUUGGAGUGAUGUUCUUUAAGCAGUUUUUAGUGUGUGCCUGCAACGUGGAUCUUCUAAUACUUUUUGUUGUACAGGACAUGCAGUAUAUAUGUGGGAAUUACUUCUCAUAAAUGUGUAGAGAUGAAGUCAGAGUAGAUUUUCGUACUGUAUCAGUACAUUGUGAGCUGGACCAUAGUGUAAGUUCAACUUACCAGAAUUCUGUACUCGGUGAUUAAUGAAGUCUUGAUGCAAUGACGUUGAAUGGUUGCACAUUCCCGAUGUUCAGUGGACCUUUUCUGUGACCGUAUGAGCCAGAAAAGAUCUUUAUUCUAAAAUAUUAAAGCACAAAAACAGCAAUCUUAUUAGCAAGUGUUUGAAAUAUUAAUAAAUUAAGGAACAUUAGGGGAUGUUUGGCUUCCCAAGCUUAUGGCCUUAAUGAACAAGUUGGAUAGAAGUUCCUGAUUUAGUUUGCAUUUAAUUUGUCCCCAGUAUUACAUGACAUAACAUCAACUUCUUGUUUUGAGUAAAGAGUUUAACCAUAUUAUCAGCAGAUCAAUUAGUCCUGAUAAUAAAAUGAUUAUUUCAGUAAUUGAUAAACUUCUUAAUAUGGUUUAAUGAAAGGUUGUAUGACAUUUAAUGAAUAGGGAUGACAGAACAGACCAUUUAAUCAUCAUCCUGGUCUUUGUUUGUACAACACACACAUUUUCUCUUAUGAAAAGUAUCUCUUUUUUUGGUAUUCCUGUAGUAUCUCUGCAAUAACUAAUAUUGUAAGCACUUGAAUUAUUCUAAUGUGGCUUUAAAAACUGUAUCAGUUUUUGUGUUCAAUCAUUUUCUACUGUUUCUGUGCUUGCUUUCUAAAAUAAAUAUCAACAUGUGCAAUAA